CCCACCAUGACGGCGGAGACCCACCUGCAGGGCGUGGAGAUCUCGGCCGCCCAGUUCUUCGAGAUCUGGCACCACUACGACUCCGACGGCAAUGGGUUCAUGGACGGGAAGGAGCUACAAAACUUCAUCCAGGAGCUGCAGCAGGCACGGAAGAAGGCAGGCUUGGAUUUAACACCUGAAAUGAAAGCUUUUGUGGACCAGUACGGAAAAUCUACUGAUGGAAAAAUAGGUAUAGUUGAGCUUGCUCAGGUAUUGCCAACGGAAGAGAAUUUCCUGUUGUUCUUCAGAUGCCAGCAGCUAAAGUCAAGUGAAGAUUUCAUGCAGACAUGGAGGAAAUAUGACAGCGACCACAGUGGCUUCAUUGAUUCUGAGGAACUUAAGAGUUUCUUGAAAGAUUUAUUACAGAAAGCAAAUAAGCAGAUUGAAGACUCAAAGCUAACAGAAUACACAGAAAUAAUGCUCAGGAUGUUUGAUGCAAACAAUGAUGGAAAGUUGGAGCUUACUGAACUGGCCAGACUGCUCCCUGUACAGGAAAAUUUUCUUAUUAAAUUUCAGGGUGUCAAAAUGUGUGCAAAAGAAUUCAAUAAUGCCUUUGAGAUGUAUGAUCAAGAUGGCAAUGGCUAUAUAGAUGAAAAUGAACUUGAUGCCCUACUGAAGGAUCUCUGUGAAAAGAACAAAAAGGAACUAGACAUUACCAACCUUGCAACAUACAAGAAAAGCAUCAUGGCCUUGUCUGAUGGAGGAAAGCUUUACCGAGCAGAAUUGGCUCUUAUUCUCUGUGCUGAGGAAAACUAGAGCUCUUCUAUCAUGUCCACUUAACUAGUGAUGUACUCUACAGAAUAACUGUGCACUAUAAGGGAGUAGGCUGUAUUUUUAAACUGCAUAUAGAAAAUUAGCCAGGAUGUGUGGCACAUUCCUUUCAGUUUGUUUCUAUACUGUUUGUAAUGUACAGUUUUUGUAACAAUAAGAUUGAUAAAGAGAAUGUCAGUGUUUGGGCCAGUCUGUAUAUUCAAAAAGAAACUAAAUAUGUCAGGGUUGGUUUUGGUUGGGUUUUUGCUUUCAUAAACAUGGCUGGAGAAAAAUUAAACCUGCUGACAUUGCUGUGGUCAUCAUAUCCUUUGACACUUGCAACAUUUCUUGUUAAACUACAUAACAAAAAGAUCUACACAUAAACACGUAUCUUUCCCAAAACAAAUAAAUGUGGGGUUUUUAAAUAUAAAACAUGAAUUCAGAUUAAAUAUGAUCUAGGUCUGAAAUAGGAAAGAGACAUUGGCAUGUCUGAUUCAAAAAUUUAAUAAAGCACUAAGAAAUAUUUUGAGUUGUUAAAACACCCACUCACAGGUCUGUACUCUCUGCAGUUUUACGAUUACUCUUCUCAUUGCAAAUUCAUAGCAUAUAGACAAAGCAUUUAUCUGGAAUAGAUCUCCAUGCAGUAGUUGAUAAAAAUAUAGUGUUCUCAAUCUAGCUGUUUUACUGAAUUUAAACAUAGGCACUUCAGAAAUAAAUGCCUUUAAUCUGUCUUGAAAUCCUGGCUAAAUGACAGGUAGUAUAGUUAAUACACAGAUUAACAUAUGAUAUUAUAAGUGUACCUUUCAUGACUAUUGCUGUGUCAGAGAAUAUGACAAUCCAUUUUCUAAACUAUUUUCACAUUUUGCAGGUUAUAAUUA